CACACUCUGUGAGCAGCUCCGCGAGAAGACACGGCGGAGAAAAGUCCGAAGAUUCCGUCAACUUGAGUGGGAUCUAAGGCUUCGCCAAGCAUGAAUGCGAUGCUCGACCAGAUCCUCCAAGGAUCCAACCCACAGGCAGACACCGAUUACUACCAGAUCAUCGGAUGCGACGAAACCGCUAACGAAGAACAGAUCCAGGCAGAAUACAAGCAGAAAGCCCUUCAACUGCAUCCUGACAGGAACCGAGACGACGCUGCUAAGCAACAGUUUCAACUGUUGCAGGAAGCACGGGAAGUGCUGCUCGACGCCGAGAUGAGAACCAAGUACGACCGGUGGAAACGCUCUGGACUCGCCGUGCCAUUCAAACAAUACGCCAAUGUCAACAAUAUUUCGUUCCACUGGGCGAGUCGUGCCACGAAAGAGCUGUCGGUCACCGACGGCUCCGUCGCAUCGCUAUCAAAGAAAGAAGAUAUGGAUUACGCGAGGCGACAAACAUUAACUGGGGCGGAGUCUUCGCUGAGCAACUGGAGGGCGCAGGGUGCGACCGCCGACGAACUCCUCAAAAAGUUCCGGAAUUACGAGAUUUAG